ACCAAAUUCACCACCACGGGAGAAGGUGAAUUCUUCGACGAGCAUUUGUUGACGAGCAAGGCAAACGGCUUAGCAGGGAAGGACUCGGUUGACAAACAUACUGUCGCUUCCGGACCCUAUCGGACCAGCGACCUCGGUCCGUUGACGUUACAUUCCACAGCUCUCACCCAGCAUACAGAUUUACACAGCCUCCACGGCAUACGUCCCGGCACAUCUUUCACGAGCAUACAUCCCGCGGCAACACAGCAUACACCCACCAUGUCCCGCAUGGAACGCUCCGAAUCACAAGGUUCCUCCUCCAGCACCUCUUCCUCACCCUCCUCCCUCCGUCGCCGUGUAUCAAUCAGGAACUCCACCUCCACGGACGACACCACAUACUCCUCUAUGCCUACAGCGGGAGUUACAGUUACACCGACUCGUCGGCUGCAGGGGAGGGCGAAAGUGUAUGAUUCCGAAACGCCUUCUUCACCACCGUAUCGUGCGCGCUACGGCUCCUCCGUGAAGGGCAGUCCCCGAAGUGGUGACGAAGAACCCGGAGCCCAAGAAGUCGUACAUAGCUUGAGGGAGGAAUUGAUGGCAGCCCAAUCCCUAAUCUCCUCCCUCGAACGCACCUGCUCCCUCCUAACCCUCGACCUCUCCCACGCCGAAGACGCCUACUCCAAUCUCUCGGACGAACACGAAUCCCUCCUCACACAAUUCCGUGCCGAGAAAAAGGCGCGGAGGGAGGAGGGGGAGAGGGUUAGGGUGCUGGAGGAGGAGGUUGCGGGGUUGGUUGGGGUUAGGGAGGAGUUGGAGGGGGAGUUGGGCGGGGUGAGGGAGAGGUUGCAGGAGCUUAUGGGGAGGGGGACGCCCCGGGUUGGGGAGCUGAAAGCGGAGGAGGGGAAGGGUGGGGAUUUGGGGUUCGCGCCGCCGACGCCCACUCUCGAUUCGCCUCUGACGUUUACCUCCUCCAUGUCUCUCUACACCGCAUCCUCCCUCUCCUCCCCAAUCCACCCCACCGAAUCCGCCACCUCAACAAUCGAAGCCCUACAAACCGAACUAGCCGACACAACGCAAGAGUUAGCGAGGUUGAGCGCCGUCGAGGACGAACUCCACGAGUUACAGGAACAGAAUGCGAGGUUGGUGGAGGAGGUUUCGGAGUAUCAGAUGCUACUGACGGAGAAGACUAUGGAUGGAAGUUUUACGGCUGGGGAGUUCAUGAGUGAGUUCGCUUCGUCUCCGCCGAUUUCGCCCACGCACUCGACGCCUGCUUCGCCGACCUCUGACAAUAUGGGCUUGGGAUUGGGGAGUUUGGCGAAUGAGUUUGCGGAGGUGGAGUCGAGACAAGAUGCACAGCGCAUCGUAGACCUCGAGAAACAAGUCAAGCACCUCACAGAAGGGAACAAAGCCCUCACGACAUACAUCUCGAACAUCAUCCAAAGACUCCUCGACCAUCGCUUCGAAGCCGUUCUCUCAAAGGACGAAGUACCACCCCCCAGUGAUGCGACGAUUCGUGCAGGAGAAGGGGGAGCUGGUGUGAAUUCGGCGCAAAGUACGCCGGCGAGGAUGCCGCCGACGCCGAGUACACCGUUGAGCCCGCUGCAUCGGUCGUUUGAUGACACUAACUCCUCGCCCACCCUUGACUCUCGACGGACGAAGGCUAAACGGUUUUCAUUCAUUUCGCGUGCUGCGACACAGCCCACGGACCCUCGACCCAGCCAUGCCCGGACCACGUCUGAAGCCACGCCGUUAAGUGCAACCAUUGUGCAUAGUCUCUACCGCGCCCCCGCUCCCUCCCUAGGUUCCCCCCAGCACCGCGCUUUGUUGCCGGCAGGGCGACCGCGUAUGCCGAUCCUCCCGCGUACGACGGUCGGUGGUGGGGUCGGACCCACUGAAGUAGACAGCACGCCUAAGGGGCAAGGGCAAGGUUUGAGAACGUUGAGGCUGGUUGAGCAGAAUAGUCCGCCUCCGCCUCCUCCAAAUCCAAAGAGGGCGAGUUGGUUGGGGGGUUGGUGGAAUGGGAAAGACAUAAAGGAGGAGGAAGCAGGCGACGGGAGGGAGAGGGAGAGGACGAUGAGUGAGGGGAGUGAGGCGAGUAGUUUGGGGAGGUGAGCGUUGACGUUUACGGAGACUGAGAAAGAUAAUGGAGGCGAAAGCGGGGGAGGGAGAGAAGUGAUGUGAUUUGGAAGUUAUGUUCGUUUGUUGGGAUUCUGGAUGGCGUUUGUACUGGAGUUUAGGCAUGUGAUGUUUGAUUUGGCUUGCGCAAUUGCAACGUUAGCCUAGCUGCGCUUUUGCUGCGUCUCCUAUAUUGUUAGUCGAGUAA